CUCAGAGUAAAUUUUGUCCGUCGGAUUGGAAAGUUUCCAUCGGAUUCCUUCGAGACCUCCGUUUCACCCCCCUGAGACUCUUGAUUGCCAAUGCGAAGAUAUCACAAUCAUCUUUUCUGCGCACAUACUGUAUACCAAGAGAGGGAGUGAUCGAGGAUGGAAGACGACGGGACCAUCAUGGCGAACAUGUCUCUGGAGUUCAGGCAUGGAGAGGGUGUAGACCGGAUUCCGACCACCUGGUUUGCCUCGGGGGACCCCAUUGACUCGUUUAUCUGGGCCCAUGUGAUUUUGAUGGUCACUGCUUUCGCAGUCGUAUUUCCCAUCGGUAUGGUUCUAGGCCUGGGGAAAUCGCGAUGGCACAUCCCAUUCCAGGUCUUUGGCUUGAUCCUGACUGUUAUCGGCUGGAUACUCCCAUCGUUCCACGGAGGCAGGCAGUAUGUGAAGCCUAAUAUCCACGCAACGUUUGCAAAGUGGCUCCUGUGCGCUGUCGUCGCUCAAGCGGGAAGUGGGAUAUAUCUGAGCUUCCGCCUGGAAGGCGGACGACAUCGGGCAAUGAGGAAGUUGUUGCAAAGGUGGCACGGUGUCGCAGGAAAGUUGAUGCCUGUCGCCGGCUGGACACAGAUGAUGCUCGGAGGAGAGACAUCACAAGGUUUCUGCCACGGAGACUGGCUCCCGAUGUGCGCCGGUCAUGUCUCUAUGGGCUCUAUCAUGAUCGGCACAGGAAUUAUACUGGUCAUCAUCACCAUCGAUGGUGAGAGGUGGAUACGGAAGACUGGGCGAUCGUUGGAUUUCUAUGCCUGCGCCACGAUCGCAGCAUCCGGAUGUGGCAACGCACUAUUUGAACAUAUUCCAGGCUCCGAGUGGAACCAUCGCGAGUAUAGCCACGUGGCGUUUGGGGUAUUCUGGUGGAUAGCAGGCAUAGUCGGCCUUUGGCAGACCCGCAAACAUGACCAGCGAACACCGAUACCUGGCGUGGUGUUCCUGGUGACAGGGUGGUACUUCAGCAUGCACGAACAGCCCAAUCCCAUGGCAAAGCACGUGCAUGAGAUCCUCGGGUGUGUGAUGAUGACCGCCGGAGCCCUACACUUUGUCGAGAUUGCCUAUUUCACCAGAAACCUCGAUCGAAGCAGCAACGUCACAGUCGACUCUAGGCCUCACAAGAGUCCGAAUCCGUCCGAGUUUGUCUUUUCGUUCUUGAUCAUAGUCAUGGGCGUCAUCAACAUUUACGCCCCUCCCCAAACUCUGUGGCUCUUCAAUUACUGGGGCCUUGACCACAUUUCCCUCAUGCUGAUAUGGUUCUCGAUCGCCAUGGGCAUCAUGUGUUUUACCCUCAUGCUCGUUCAGCUCUAUAGGAGCCUCAAAAACUCUGAAAGGCAGUCCAUACGGGGUCACGGUGAUCUUGGAAUCGCGCAAGAUACGGAGCUGUGUGGCCUAUUGGGUUCGGAUGCAGCUCAAGGUGAUGAAGAGGAGGUCAAAACAACGACAGAUCCCUCAAUCCGUACACUACACACAUAGUUG